AACCUUUCUUCCUCCCAUCAACCCGCAGACAGCGCGCGGGCUGGCCUCGAUUCCAACCAGCCACGCUGGGUACGCUCGGUGUUCGCUUGGGAUCUACUUAUUACCGUUGCAACUUGCGAGCCCUGUCUCUACAACAAUGGCUCCGAAUCUCCGCUCGUCGUCCCAUGCCUGGUCCAACAACUCCCGCCCUUCCACUCCACUCGGCGCGCCGACUACAGCAAGUACCGCUUCCUCAUUUACUGAAUCGACAAGACCCCGAAAGCAACGGCGGACUGGCAGGAACAGUCGCGUGGCCACCGACCCUUUACAAGAUCCACCUUCUCGAACCCAAUCGCGACUGGAACAAUCUAGGAACGGGACCUCGGAUACCCUGAGUGAAUCGCAUCUACUUGAUAACAGUAUAGAAUGGGCGGAGCCCCCUCUAAGAGCACCGGCCCCGAGUUACGCAGAUACGCCAUGGUCCGCAGUGUCCAGUGACGCGAACCCCAUACUGUCCACGAUGCGUCCGCUGGGGGCCAUGCCGUCGGCUACCGACUUGCGCAAGGCUGGACUGGCACCCAUAAAGCCCAGUGUUCAGAAUAUUUCUGCGAAGAAAGAGUCGCAAGCCACACCAAAUGGUGAACGAGGUGACGACAAGCCCCAGACCCCCUUAACGCCCGCUGAAGAGCCGGUCGCUGAGCCUGUCCCAACAAAGACCAAGACCUUGCAGGACAUGUCUGUCUUCACCGCGCUUCCUGUCCCUAAGUCGACAGAUAUCGACGUAGAGCGGAUAAAAAUUGCGGUCGAAAAGGCCCUCGGCCUAGCGCUGGAGACAAAUAACCGCCCUGUCUCGCGCGGGCUCCUCCGCUUAUGGGAGACUUGCAACAAAGACCCAUUUGCUCUCUCCAUUCUCGACGGCAUCUGCCAGGAGAAUCCCGGCCCGCGGGAACGCUCGGCUUUCCAGAGUGUCAUGCGCGCUGCAUGGAAAGAGGUCCAGGCGGAAGCCGGUGAGGAGUUUUCCACGGCGCCGGUCUUGGCUCGCCCCCGGUCGGCCAGCAGCAUCUCCUCUCUCUCUUCGGCAGUCUCAUUUGACGCCGAGACGUUCGCCCCGGGCAUGACGCCAGGGGCGACAGCUUCACGCGCUCGCGCCAAGGGGAAGCAUGCCAAGGGGAGUGCACCUCAGGCGGAGACCGAACCCCCAAGCCGCCAAUCAGUCAUUCCGCCGAGUGCUGCUACGGUGCCCCAGCAAAAGCAUGCACUGGAAGAUGAGCCAACUCCCGAAGAAUUGGCACGGAUUAAGCGAGCUCGUCUGCAGAAGGCACUCCCGAACAUUAUUGCUUCAGAAAGUCAACUACGUUCCUCGUUGGCUUCCGAGCGUCUUUCCAACGCAUCUUCCCCAGUUCCCGCAACGACCAGCAGGUCUCAGGCAGCGUCAGUGGGAGCUGCUACGAGCAGCAGAGAGCGGUCCGAGAGUCCAGCCAGUAGCGAUGCCGGUGACAACCGCCGACUGACACCUACCUUGACUAGCGAAAAUGAACGUCUAGAAAAUAACGACUUUUGCCACAAUUGCAACGGAAGCGGCCAGCUGUUGUGUUGCGACGGCUGUCCGAACUCCUUCCACUUCUCGUGUCUUAACCCUCCUUUGGACCCAGCGAACCCACCGGAGGGAGAUUGGUUCUGUCCAAAAUGCUCGUUGUCAAGACCUAUAACUUCCCUGCUGGGUGCACUUGACAGCGCUCCACAGAAAGACUUCGCAUUACCGGCCAGACUCCGCGAUUACUUUACUGGUGUGCGCACUGGAGAGGAUGGAAAGUAUGAGGAGAUCGUGCCUCUUCCAAAACUGAAUCCCCGUGGUGGGCGAGGAAACCGUACUGGCCGUUAUGAUGACCCAUAUCUACUACGAACAGUGGAUGCCAAAGGAAAUCUAAUCUUCUGCUCGGCUUGUGGACGUACAAGCAAUGGUCGUCGGCCCAUCAUUCAAUGUGACUACUGUCCUUGCGCUUUCCAUAUGGACUGCGUCGAUCCACCUCUGGCCAUCCCUCCAACCCAGAGACCUGGCAGUGACCGGGUGCAUCACAAUUGGAUGUGCCCCAACCACGUUUGGCAUGAUCUCGUUUAUACGGUCCAAGACGAGGAAGGGUAUGAUAUGAUAAAACGCAUUCGUCGUCCGAAGCGACCACGGAUGGUAGACGUCGAAGUUCUUCCAGAUGAGGAGGAUGUGGAGAGGAUGGAAGAUCAGGAGGAAGAGGGCAUCAUGUAUCGCGUUUCAGAGCGAGGCCUGAAACUCGACUUCAUCUAUAGAGUCAAGCGGGAAAAUGAGGAGUAUAAGAUGAUGAAGGACGCCGCCGACCGAUAUUACCAAUAUGCUACCUCGGAGUUUGAUCACCUUAUAGCUAAGGCCAACGCAUUCUAUUCAUCUCACAAACCGGCUUCCUCGGAAGAGGACACAACGGCCGCGAUCUUGAACUCACGCACUGUUGCUGAACGGGAAGCUGCAGCAAACCUUAUCACUUUCGCACAGGGCAGCCAGGCCAGCCCCGGGGCUGAAGAUGGCAAAAUCGGCCUUCUUAUUGACCAGCUGAAGGCAAAUGCCCCACACAGUCUUCCCUCAGCCAAUACGGAAAUCGCUUCGCUUCGCGCUUUACAAGACCUAAUCGAGCAACGUAUCGAGAUCCUGAAUGCUCAAGUUGAGCGGCCUCAACCCAUCAGCGCUGAGCCUACUGAUGCUCCAUCUACUGCAGCGCCAGUGACUAUCAACGCUAAACGCAGCCACAGCCAAUAGCCUGUGGUAUCUUGACUCGCAAGGCUUUUGCUGUCUUGCGCUGACUACAUAUUUUGCAAAGGUGUGCAUGAUGAUCGGUUCCACUAUCUCACCAAUCAGGGUGACCUGUUGUCGGGCAUGUCUUGCUGUCCCCAGAAAGCAAGCCGAC